UCAUAAAGGCAUCACAGUUAUUUUGAAUUUCAGGUGAAAGACUCAUGAGCACAGCUCGAGCAGUCGGGUUGUAUAUAAAGUCAAUAAGCCUUAUACAAUUGACUGCAUUUAUACUUUAGCAAGGCUUUGUGGAGAAAGGUGAAAUAUUAAGCAAGAAAUUUCCAAAGAUGGUUGUAGCUACUGUAACAGUAGUUGCAGGAGUAGCUGCCAUUGCUGCCACUGGCGGAGCAGCAGCACCCAUUGUUGCUGCUGCCGCAGAAGGAGUAGCACUAGGAGCAACAGGCGCCGCAACAGCAACAGCCGCCGGGGUGGCGGGAGCUACGGCAGCAGCUACUUCGGCAGGGGCUGUCACCGGUGCAGUGGCUGCUGGAGCUGCCGGAGCUACUGCUACUGGUGUAGUAACAGGUGCAGCAACUAGCGCUGCUAUCGCCGGAGGCACUGCUGUAGGAGUUAGUGCUUCAGGAACUGGUGCUGCUGGCUUAGUCACCGCUGGAGUGGCUGCGGGUCCAGUUGGAUGGCUUAUACUAGGCACUGAAAAGCACAUCGUUCACAAAAGCGACAAUCAAGUGGCGACGUACACAUUCGACUGCUGGAAACAAGUUGUUCAUGACAUGUCGACGGAACCCUCCAAAGGAAAAUUGCUGCGCGAUGUUGCCGGCGACCCACGAGUCAAACAGACGAUCGUAAAGAGCAACGGAGAUGGUCAGCUUCCAGAAAUAAUUCUUCAGAAUAUAUGGGAUGAACUUUUCAGCAUUGAUUUCGUCAUGUUGUCGUCUCAACAGCUGGCAGCCCAUGCUGUGCGUAUGUAGUAACUCUGGCCACCAAUGUACAAUCAACUAAAAAUAAAGUGAAAUCUGUGUAAAUAGAAUAAAUUAUUUUUAAACUGUGAAUAUUCAAAUUGUUAUUUUAUAUAUGUAAAUUGUAUUAUUGUUUAAUGAAGUAUAUCUAAUUUAUUAUGAUUUUGUUAUCUGAUUAUUUAUAAAUUGUAUCAUUAUUAUUUACAAUUUAUCACUAAAUUGUUUAUCAAGUCUCACUUGCGAAAAUAAAAACGAAACAAUUCAUUUCAAAAGUAUAAAAACUAGAAAAGAAAAUUUACAACACUUUUUUUUUCUCUAUGUUAUGAUUAUACUUAGCAAAAGUCUCAUUGUAAGAAUUAGUCAAAUUCUAAAACAAAAAAAAAUUGGCUUUUAAGCAAUCCUACCAGUAAAUGACGUCAUUUUAUAUAACGCAUAGCUCCAUUAGCCACGCCCAAUCUGUAAAUAUUUUCCAUUUCAAUAAAGUUGAGAUCAAUAUUGUUUAAA